AUGAAGAGAGCCGCCAGCAUCACGUCGAGCGAGGCAAAGAAGCCCAAGGUCAAUGGCAGCAUCACCGCGUUCUUCUCUUCCAAACCAUCUGCAGCAGGCAAAGAUGACAAGACGAGCUUCGACAAGGCGAGCUGGACGAGCAAGCUGACGGCUGAGCAGCGAGAACUGCUGAAGCUUGAGAUCGAGACGCUGGACGAGAGCUGGCUUGCCCAUCUCAAGGACGAGCUGGUCACGGCGGAGUUCUCAAAGAAGGCUGGCGGCAAGAUAUUUCCCCCUGAAGAGGACAUCUACUCCUGGUCGCGGUAUACGCCGCUGCACAAGGUCAAGGCCGUCAUCAUCGGCCAGGAUCCCUACCACAACCACGGCCAGGCUCACGGCCUCUGUUUCUCUGUCAAGCCGCCGACUCCUGCUCCCCCGUCCCUCAAGAACAUCUAUCUCGCGCUCAAGCAUGACUAUCCUGCCUUUGAGCCGCCUGCCAACCGCGGCGGCCUGCUCACCCCCUGGGCCCGGCAGGGCGUCCUCAUGCUCAACACCUGUCUCACCGUCCGCGCCCACAACGCCAACAGCCACUCCCAGCGUGGGUGGGAGCGCUUCACGCAGCGAGCCAUCGAUCUCGUCGCCCGUGUCCGCACCAGAGGGGUCGUCUUCCUCGCCUGGGGGUCCCCGGCAGGGAAGAGGGUCGCUGCAGUCAACAGGGACAGGCACUGCGUCCUGCAGUCUGUCCAUCCCAGCCCUCUCAGUGCUCACAAGGGCUUUUUGACCUGUGGGCAUUUCAAAAAGGCGAAUGACUGGCUGCAGAGUAGAUACGGGGAAGACGGUCUUAUCGACUGGAGUCUUGCCCCAUCCAAAAAAGUCACUACCACCACUGCUGUAUCAGCCACAGAGGAAGAUGACAAGGCGGAAACCACCGUUUCUACCGUCAAAGCAACCACGGAGGAAGAUGAUAAGACAACCACCAUCGAAACAGCCACUGUAGAGGCUGAGAAGCCCACUGCUAAUGACGAUGGCGACGAUAGCGACUAUGGUCAAGACCUUAUCGAUGAGGAGACCAAGUAG